UCGGCAUACGACUAUGCUAGCUUGGCUUGGCUUGCUUUUCUAUAGUAGCACAGCAGCAACUACGAGUAUCUAUCACACAAUUCCAACUUUGGCUUUGAUGUGACAACGAGAGGCUAUGUUGGCCGAGCGUAGCAUUUGGGAAAACGUAGUAGUAUGUGGUGAAAAUUCACAUGAAAAAUAAGAAAAUCUUAUAGGAUUUUCUUUUAUAGGUGAUAAAAAUUAUGCAGCUGGCGAAAAAUGCGCUUUCCCUCGCCGUGUGAAGAUGUGUUGCUAAAGUUUUUGCGUGAAAAUGUGGAAAAUGCGCUUUGAAGAGUAGUUUAUAUAAAAAGUUGCAAUGCGCUUUUCGAAAAAGAAUUGAAUGGAAAACAUGUGAUGGCACAAAAUUAUUAAUUUUACGACAAACUACUACGACUGCUAAUAAAUAAAUUAUACACAAAUGCACACCUGAUAAUAAUGAUCGAGUACAAUAAGUAUGAACGAUCAAUUCACAGGAGACGAUCACGCUUAUGAAGUGCAUAUUUAUCAACGAGAACUAACAAGAAUUCAGAAAGAAAUCAACGACAAAAUGUUGCUCAAUUCAACACCCAAUCACUCUGAGAGUGGCAAUUCAUCACAGCAGCCGCUUUUGAUUAACACCUCAUCGUUUAACGGUGAAAAUUUGGAGCAUUGCAUCUCUAUUUCGAAGGACAUCGAACAGCAGGAGCAGCUACGUAAAAUUCAUCGCCGCCUCAGUCAUCCAACGCCACUCGAAGCUACCAUGACACAUGAAGAAAUCUACGAAUGUUCUUAUGAGGACGAUCGUUUUUUGUCGGCGCUCGAAUACCAAAAUUCGUUGGGUACACGGCAAAUAACAGAUUUGGAUAUGUCACAAAGCAUUGAGGAUGCCAUGAAGUAUUUUGAUGAGGAGGUUAACGUGGAUUCGGGAUUGUCGCGCUGUGAUACACCCAAUAAGCUGCCCACAACAGGCACUGUAGCAGCAGCAAUCGCCAAUUUGCAAACACAAAUGUCCAAAUCUAUGGGUUCGCCACCGCCACCAUAUCAGGAGGUCGUUUCACCGAAGACAAGCAAAUCACAUGCGGAAUCGGUGAUGCACACAAACAACAUACGGGAGCUGCGCAAAAGAUAUGAACAGAACUUGGUCGAAGAACAAACUCCAAAGCCACAAGAGAAUGUUCAGAAAUCGAAAGAUCAACGCAGAUCAGCGCCACCUGUCUUGCUAACGCCCGCGCCAAAGGUCCAGAAAUCGCCUAAACUGUCACGCAAAUCGAAGGUAAAGCAAAUGGCGAACAUGUUCAAUAACAAAAUUGUCCAACUGAUGCGCCGUGAGUCAACGGAGAAAAAAGGCUACUCCAGUCUCAAUAAGUCGCAAUUCCAAAGUGGUAAAUCUCAAAAGAAACCUUCAACCAAGGCGCGCGCCGGUUUGCCUAUUUAUCGCGCCGGAUUGCCUAGCCCAGUGCCCAGCCCACGUUUCAAACGUAGGCCCAGUCAACCUGUGGGGUCGCAGCAAUCGAGCGACAGCGAAAGUGCUUGCCUUGUCGCCGAGGAUGUCUUCCGUCAACUCUCCGUAAAGGAUAAAGCGUUGCUGUACAACAAAUUUAUCGAGGACAUGUCCAAGCAACAUCCACAGUUUAGCGUGCACGCCCGCGUCGUCGAGGCUAACGUACAGCAGGAGUUGGCGCGCACUGAGCCCGUAAUGAACCCACCUAAAGUUAAAGAGUUGGCACGCGAAUUGGAGGCCAAAUUAAAUGUACCCAAGCCAAAGAUAUCUCAAUGGGCUCUAAAGCGGCUUGCAAAGCUACAAAAAUCACCUGAAUAUGACGCAGCCAAUAGCCGUAUUUCGCCAUCACCGCCACCAGCUAUAGUGGCCGCUUUACGCUCACUACAAGAAGAAGAACAGGCCAAUCAAGCCGACAAUCUGUGCGCAGAAGGAAACGACGAAGAGGAAGUAGACGCCGAAGAGCUGCACGUCAGCACGUUGACUGUUGUACUCAAGCCGAGUCCAGACCGAAGUGGCAAAGUGCCAAAGCAGCGCGAUGUGCCACGCCCACUGCCGCGCAAAGCACGCGAACAACGUUUCCUAAACGAUAUGCGCGUAAUAGAGCGCACGCAGAAACGCAAUAAUGAAUCGAUGCGUGCCUCAAUCUCGUUCGAGGCAUACGGGCCGCCUAGAAAGAUACGACGCACCAGAACCGAACGCUUGCAGCCAAAGACAAUCUUUCAAAAUGCGCAUAUGGAACGUCUGUUCUACGAUUGGAUCAUGGAGAAGAAUGGCGUGGUAUUUGAUAUUACGACAGUGGAAAACAGCGAGGACUCCUUGUGCGGAAAUGGUGACGAAGUGAACACUUCAAAAAGUUCUAUCAAAUCCAAAUCGAAGGUGCAUGUGUUGUUGGAAAAGGCGAUCGCCAAAUUGGAAAGCGUGGAGGCGCGAGUGAUGAGACGAGACAGUAAUGGUGGAAAGAAAAUGGAAAAAGCAAUGAAAAUAAUUAACGAGGCACGAGAACAGAAAGAUGCUGACAAGAGUGUUAUUGAAGUUGAGCUGUGUAAUAGCAAAACCGGCACAUCUAGCGAUGACAUGAAAUGCGAGCCGCCUAAUCGAAUGCAGCGUAAAGUGAAACGGCAAGCGCCACAGCCACCUACAGCAGCAUCGACGUCGAAAAAUGCCGAAAAAGCACAAGAGCGGCAGGAGUUGUCUUCAGCGGUGUCUUCAGGCAAGCAGUCGGAUGCGGAAAGCGAAUCAGGACUUUCUAGCUUACCAAAGAUUACAAGCGAUGAGUCGCAACCAGAACACGCCGCGCCGUCAGCUACCAAUUGCCAAAAGGCAAUAGACUUUGAAUUUGCCAAGCCUAAUAAACUACCACGCAAGAAGAAAUUACGACGCACACUCACCUGGAAGAAAGAAAGUUGUAUUAUUGAAAGUCGUUUCGUCCCCUCGUCCACCGACUCCGAGACAGAACACAAAGCGCGUGCGAAGCCAGAAGAUGAAGAAGUUGUAUAUGUUAACGUCGGUCAGUUUGCAAAGAAGUCUCCGACAUCGGAACAGAAGAAGUCGCAAGAAAUCAAGGAAAUGGCUGCAGCGGCCCAACAAGCUGUCGAUCAGGAGCAAGAAAAGGCUAAGCUGAAUCAAACUCUGCUAAAUAAUAUGAAUUCCCCGCAUAAAAUUAAAAGCGUCUACACGCUCACACAUUUGUCAACGCCCUCGAAAUCUACCGAAAGCGAACCGCUUAUGACGGAGAGCGAUCCGGAAAUAAUGCGCAGACGUGUCCGUCACCAGACAUCACUCUCGUCCCCAGCUAUAGUACAGGCGCUGCUGCAAGAAAAGCGUACGCCUGAAAAGUCGCUCAAUGUAGAUGCACCAAAAACUAAGAAAGCACCAAUGAAAACCCCACAAGAGGAAGACACAUUGCAAAAACUUCUCGACAGUUUUAUCGAUCUAGGCUUUGAGACGGGUUCAAAUGACAUGGAAAGUCCGAAACGUCCAACAACAGCACCGGUGCCGAAGCCUAGAAGGAGUAAAGGCGCCUCGCCUCUUUUCAUCAAACUUACACCCGAUCUGGAGAAAACUCUACAGCAAAAUCGCUCAAGCUUCUCAUCGACGCCAGUUAGGGGCUUGCAGAACCAGUCGCCACAUGCCUUCAAUAGCAGCAUCUCACGUCACCUGCAACAACAGCAAGCCCUUAGUCCCAUAAGCACACUCAAUAGCAGUCGACGUCGCUCACUACAAACUGACGAAUCGCGUCGCAGCUCGAUAGCUAUGCAAGUAAUUCGUGAAGAUCGCCCCUUGGAUAAGGUUGAUCGUUCGCAAACACCCCACUCGCCGACUGUAUCCGACGCUAGCUUCUUUGGUACCUCGUUUAACUUGAAUAUGACCAACAAUAGUGAACAGCACGAGAAGCCGUCGAAGUUUUGGGUAUGCGCUGAGGACUUUACCAUAUCGCUGGAUGUCUUCUAUAACCCACCAGAUCGUCUACGUCUGCUAUACGAUAUAUUCUGCCAGAAGAGCUGUGAGACACGCGACUUACAUUUUGGCAUCGAUGAUUACAAAUAUUCCAUCCACAAUCCUGGCGACAAAGCGGACAUUUCAACGCGUCUGCCGGCAAUCAAAGGCUGCUCACACUAUUGGUUCUCCACAGGUGAUCUCGCUGUGCCAUUCAGUGGCAAACAUUUAGCGCCGGAAAAGAUUGAGCGCUUGUUCAAUUUCAUCAACGACUCGAUGACGGAUAAAUCGCAGCUACGAUUUGGCGUCGACGACUACGAAUUCUCCAGCGUGCCUGAAAACUGGCAGAGCACGCCCAAAUUUUCAAUGGAGAGCAGUUAUAGCAUGCUAGUUGGUCUACAAGGCAGUAGUAAUGGGCUGGAAGGACGUAGUCGCUUCGCUUGGCCUAAUUCUGUUUACGACUCUACGAAUUCGAACUCCAACUCCAACUCUAUAAAAACAAGCGAUCUGGAUUACUCCUUGCUGGGUUCAGAGUUCGAUAACAACGAUCUACGCCAGUACACUGAAUCACCUAUCGGCAGCAACUAUUUCGAUGUGGCGUCGGAGGACAAUGAGGACAUGAUUAUGCCACGCUCUAGCAACGCAACAAUGUGUGAUAAUUUCUUCAAGGAUAAAUUUGAUGUAGAAUCAUUGGAUAAACUCUUUGAGGAGGAUCUCAAGAAUUCUAAGAACAAGACGGAGGAACCUAAUUGGUCACAAUCGAUACCUGAAAUGCUGCAAAAAUUACAGCAACAGAAGGUGAAACUGAAGGCAUUGGAAAAACGUAUGAAAACCUAUUCCAAUCACUCGGGUAUCGCUGACGCUACGAUACCACACUCAAACGAGUCGCCACAUUAUAUGCAAAAGCUGCGCGUCAUCAUCAGUGCCAUAGACAAUAUUGGACGCGAUAAUGGCUUCAAGGCUUGCAGCAUGAAACAGCUGGAGAGCUUUAUGUAUUUUCUGACGCGCUAUGCCGACAUUUGUUUGGCGAGUUGUGAUAAGCAUAUGAACAAAGUACUGGAUGCCUUGCUAGAUCAACAACAACAGCAGCAACAAGAAUUGAUCGAAGCCAAUGCGGAAUUGGGCGGGGCUUAGUAUAUCAUGAAGGUGAUGGAUGACAACUGAGCUGAGCUUAAGGGGCUUUGGAUAUUGACGUGGAAUUCCUUUGUAGAUUUUAAAUCUUGUACUUUGCUGCUGUUAUUAGAUUUAAGACA